AUGGACACCUGGAGAAAAUGGAUUGGAGAAGCACAUGGAACAACUAGUUAAAAGCUAUUAACUUAUCGAGAUGCUCGCUAUAAUUCCGAAAGGACUAGCUCUACUCGUAAUGCGUUUUUGUCUGCUUGCCAGUUCUUAUACGACCUUACAAAGACUGCUAUUGCCGGAUGAGUUUUUGCACUUACACCCUGUAGUUAAUCGACUCGCGUCACAUGCUGUGCAUCAAAUGGAUUGAUCACCAUUGAAAAUUCAAAAGGUUGAAUUUUCUGUUAACUCUCAGCCAAGAUGGAAAUCCUUAGCCCAGGGCAUAAUUCCUGGUUUCACACUGGGGAACAGUUCCGAUUGGUCAAGGCGAUUACCCAUGAGACCGUUGGGAAACCCUUUUCCAGCAUCAGACCCAUCUCCCGCUGAGGCAAGAACUUGGAAUUUGUCUACAGCAUGCGGUCGGUCAAUCCGACAUUGCACUUCACAAUCAAGAGAAGCCUGCCGAAUGCAUAUAUCGAACGCCAGCCUCCCUUCCUCUAGGUCCUUGGCACCCUUUCGAAUGUUGACUACAGGAGCUAAGAGUGUGGAUUGAUUCGCCACACCAUUUUAAUGUAUAUACGCAUAAAACAGCGCUCCUAACUUUCAUAUAUGUAGUUACCAAAGGAGAUCCAGCAGCUGUUGGUCUUGGCUACUGAAUCAUUGUUAUUGGAUGUGGGUUUAUUGGCUCAGCUCAUUUUAAUCCUAUAAUAACUUUAUCGGUUUUUGCUAACUUCCAUUUUUAAAUUCAAAAAAUAUCAAUAAAUGUAUUUGUGAGUAAAAUUGACCAUAUAUAAAUUUUAAUUUUUAUAGAGAAAAUAAUAAUUUAUAUGUAAAUAGCUUUGAUACCUAAUUUAAUGUCAGAAAAAUCGAAGAUUUGCUUAUAAAUUUUUUGCAAUUAAAAGAAAUUACACUUGAACAAAGUUAGCAAUUUUGAAUCCAUAAGUUUGUAUAAAUUAAUUUUAUUAAAAUUUAUUAAAAUUUGUUAAAUUUUUUCAAGCGCUCUCUUUAAAUUGGAACAGAUUUCUGGCUUCAAUUUAAAAGGAGGGAUUAACAAGAUUUAUUUCCGGACUUUAAGCAAUGAAGAAUCACAUGAAUUUAUAGGAAAUUUAUUUUUACAAGUAAUUGGGUCCGUAAUCGGCGGUGUUCUUGGAACACUUAUAACUGGCAGCGACCACUACCACAUUAAAAUCAGCGAAAACGCAUCAUACUUUGAAGCGAUUUUAGCAGAAGCAUUUUUUACUAGCCAAAUAAUCCUUGUUUUCUUGAUUAUUCAACAAAGAACUGAAAUGAAAAUUCUUUCCAGCUCUGCAGUUGCAAUGACAUUGUUUGCAUCAGCUAUGGCUUGCAAACAAAUUUCUGGGAGUUGCUUUAACCCUACUCUUUGUAUGGCAGUUGAUUUAGUAAAAACAGUCCACUUCUGGGAUAUCCAUAUGAUUAAGCACAUAUGGGUUUAUGUCUUAGGGCCUGCAAUCGGUGGUCUAAUCGGCGUCUUUUUCAGUUGUAUUUUUUUGGGCGAUAAGCAAUAUAAGCCUAGCCCCAGCAUCUUAAAAGAAAAUAACUCAAGUAUAUAGUUUGGGAAUGCAUAUAUUAUCCCAUUUAAGUCAAAAAUUUUCUUAUUUUUAUGAAUAUUAAAAAUAGACUAAUUUAGCUUAAUAGAUACACUAAAAGUGUACCCAAAGUAUAUGGAAAAAUUCUGAGCAUUCAGUCUCGAAUUCGAAAGGAUAA